UUGUCUGUCCUCUCGGGUGGAAUCUGUCAAGUCUCAAGAGAAGUCUCUGCCUGCCACACUGGUGCUGCUGGAGCCAACGUGAGCCAGCAAGUGAUGCGGAUCCCCUCGUUCCUCCCCAUCCCUGCUGCUGAUAGUGACUGGGCUGAUUGCGUGCCCUGCCAUCCUUUGGGUGACAUGCUGCUGUGGACAGCUCUGCUAUUCUUGGCUCCAGUCGCUGGGACACCUGCAGGUCUCCCAAAGGCUGUGCUGGACCUCCAGCCCCCGUGGGUCAAUGUACUCCAGGAGGAUCCCGUGACCCUGAAGUGCCAGGGGGCCCACACCGCUGUGGCCCAUGUCACCCAGUGGUUCCAUAAUGGGAGCUCCAUCCCAACCCUGGUCCAGUCCAGUUACAGUUUUAAGGCCAGGCAACAGGACAGCGGGGAAUACAGGUGUCAGACGGACCAGACCAGCCUCAGUGACCCUGUGCAUCUGGACGUGACUUCCGACUGGGUGCUGCUCCAGACCCCUCGCUGGGUGUUCCAGGAGGGGGAGCCCAUCGUGCUGAGGUGCCACAGCUGGAAGAACAGGAGUCUGUACAAGAUCACGUUCUUCCAGGACGGGAAGUCCAAGCAGUUUUCUUCUCUGAAUGCCACAUUCUUCAUCCCAGAAGCAAACCUCAGCCACAGUGGCAACUACCACUGCACGGGAAUGAUAGGGCAGAUGCUGCGCUUCUCACAGCCUGUGGCCAUCACUGUCCAAGGGUCCAGCUGGAGCGACUCCUCCGUGGUGAUGACAUUUGGGGCUGUGGUUGCCGGAACCGCUGCGGUGGCCAUCCUCGCUGCUGCCGUGGCCUGGUUCCGCCUCAGGCAAAAGCAAACUUCAGCUCCCCUAGGAAACCCCAAGCACAGGGAAUUGGGAGAGACCCUCCCUGAGGAACCAGCCAAUGUCACUGAUACUGAAGAGGCUGCCAAAAUUGAGGCCGAGAAUACCAUCACCUACUCACUUCUCUUGCAUCCGGAGGAAGAGGCAGAGGCCUCCGAUUACCAGAACCACAUUUAGUCUCCGUUGUCUUGCCUGUGACCCAGGGAAGAGAAUCAGAGAGGCCAGGACGCCUGACCUGAGUUCCCCUUGGGGAGGACAAGAGGAUGCCGCAGUUCCAAAGAAGAAGGACGCUUUCAGAGUCAUCUGUGUGAAUCCUGAACCUCCCUGUCCUAAAAGUCACAGACAAUGUGGUCCCAGAUGACUGACUGUCCUGGUUCCUUCUGUGUCUCAGCACUUCUCGCCAUCAAGACUCUUCUGCAUACAUCCACAUGGCAGAUAAAAAUUACUUUUAUUAAGAGAUCGUAGCAACAUGGGAAAUGUUUAUGUUAUAGGUUACCUAAGAAAAUUAUGUAGGUAUAUAUGAUUUCAGGAAUGUCGAAACAGACUAACAUUUGCCAACAUAUUAAAAGUGAUGUUUCAGGGUGA